UAUCUGCUGGCCAAACAGAAAUAAUAGCACCUUGGUCCCGCCCGAAGGAGAAGAAAGCAUGCAUGCAUGCUUCAGUGCACUUGCUGUAUACCCUGCUGCUCAGUUCGUUCCCGCUGACAUCGAUAAACUGGAGUUUCAAUCCGAGUUUCUGUCAUUCAAAGAGAUACGCCCUUUUCAACUCGCCAUGAUCAUGAAGGAAGAAUGAGUAUAGAAACAGAUUUGAAUCAUUGCAUGGAAUGUUUUGAAAGGAUUGACAACUAAGACAUCGGAUAGUCAUGAUGAGGUUUAAAUAUGAAGAUGGGCAUAAGACUAUCAGUCUCGUGUUCUUCUUUGCUUUGGUCGCCAUGUCUUUAUCGCAACAGUCUUUGGCAAUGGAAUGUCAAGACCAGAUUAUUCAAGCACCCGACUGGUCCAGUAACGUGACAGUUCGUUACACAACCAACGUCACUUCUCCAGAAAACGUCACAUACGACCCAGCAGAUAAUACCGCUUUCGCAGUUGGGAUAUACAACAUCACGGCAAUGCUCAGUGGUUCUACAGACUGCACCUUUCGACUUGUUGUUUUGGCCAAUCCGGUGUGUCCAGCAAGUGUUUCUCAGUCUAAUGAUGAGAAUGUGACAACGGCCGAAGUCAUCUGGGACUUUCCAUUUGAGAAUCGUAUUGAUCUUUUCCCUUUGACCUCUAAUCCGUCUAACGGGACAACCUUUGACCUUGGUGUGACUGACGUAACGGUAUUCAUCACCGAUUUCCCAGAUUACAGAUGCACUUUUCAAGUGGAAGUGAAAGAUGGGCAACCGCCCUGGCUGACUUGCCCAGAAAGCCUCAAUGUGAGCAACUCUGCACUGGCCACCUGGAAUGUUCCGAUAGCUUCGGACAAUUCUGGAAAAGUUCUACUGAGCUCCAGCCACUCACCAGGAAGCUACUUUCAAAUCAAUACAUCCACUGAGAUCACCUAUACCGCGGUGGAUGGGAACGGAAAUAGUGCCUCCUGUUCCUUCAAUCUGACCAUUGUCCCGGAUGGAUCGCCAGAGAUCAUGAACUGUCCUUCGAAUAUCAACAAGGAGACACCUGUUGGCGUAACCAGCACGACUGUCACCGAACUGUGGACCCAGGAACCCACGGCUAUAUCCCCAUUGGGAAGCACGGUGACUCCAUCUAGUAACUUCAACAUGACCUCUACCUUUGACCUUGGAACAACCAAAGUCACCUACACAUUCAGAGAUGAGAAUGGAUUUAGUUCCAAAUGUGUCUUCCUUGUCUCCAUAACAAGUGCAAGUGACACAGAGGCCCCGACACUUGACGAUGGCGUAACAUGCCCGUCAACUGUCAUUCGGAAUGCUCCACCAGGAACGACCGAGCUGCAAGUCAUUUACGAUGAACCAACGUUCACCGAUAACGUUGAUGGGAAAAACAUCGUGAUCACACAGACGAAGUCCUCGGGUUCGACGUUCACCGCGGGAACGACGGAGGUUCUGUACGUCGCUGCAGAUUCAUCUUUUAACAUGAACACCAACUGCAUAAUUAACGUUAUCGUCAAUGUGACGGAAGACAACGAGAAUCCAGUGAUUUCGGGUUGCCCAGCUAAUAUCACGCGAUGGGUAAGAGAGGGAGGAUCCCCUGUGGUUGUCAACUGGCCCAGUCCAAACGCAACUGAUAACUUCGAGGUGGUGACAUUUAACUCCUCCCACUGGCCAGGGUCCAUGUUUGAUGAGGGUGUGACGCGGGUCACUUAUAAUGCAACCGAUCUAGUCAACAGACAAGAUACCUGCGAGUUUCUUGUCACAAUAAUAGUUGAUACCGAGUUACCGGUUGUUGACUGUCCGGAUAAUAUCAACGUUUUCGUUGGAGAGACAGUGAAUUCGUUGCCAGUGACAUGGGAUCCCCCUAACAUCACAGACAAUUCCGGUAAUGUCACUAUGGUAUCGAGUCAUCAAUCUGGGGACAGUUUUGGCGCCAACGACCCCACCACGGUCACCAUUGAGGUCACAGAUGAAGCUGGAAAUGUUGGACUACCCUGUAGUUUCAUAGUUAGCGUAAUUGUUGACCCGGCUCCGGUCUUGAUAUGUCCUAAUGAUUCAAUCAUCAAUAGUACCGUGUCUGGACAAUCUUAUGCUGACAUCUACUGGCUAGAUGAGAUAACAGUGACAGACGACACAUCAGUGACGGCUAUCAACCCGCCUAAAAACCCACUUCGAGUUGAACUUAACUCACCGACCACGGUUAACUACACAGUCAAAGACUUACGAAAUAACACCAAAUCAUGCAUUUUCCAACUACAGGCCAACGACACGGAAGGACCGGUGUGGAGUCCGUGUCCUUCCGAUAUCAUACGAGAAGCCGACCCAGGUACCAAUUCGGCCAUCGUAAGCUGGGAUGUUCCUGUCAACCUUACGGACAACUCAGGCGAAACUCCCACUGAGGAGGAUCGUCCUACGACCCCUCAACGUUUCUUCAGUGGAAUACCCAACACAAUCACCUACCUAGCCUGGGAUGGAUCGGGAAAUAUGGGCACCUGUGAGUUUGACGUCAUAGUUACAGUCGAUUCGGAGGAUCCUGAAAUCUUAAACUGUCCACCAAACAGCCCACUGGUUUUCUCCACCCCGACUGGAGCUGCUUCGGCCGCUGUCACCUGGGAUGACAUCACGGCAAACGAUACGGCAGACGGUCCCCUCGCUGUUGUGCCAUUAAACAUCAACCCUAGCCCUGGUGAUGUUUUAGCCAUAGGAAUAUAUGACGUCAAAUACACGGCCACAGACAGCAGUGGCAAUGUAGCAACAUGCGAGUUUCAGGUCGAAGUGAACGACCCUGAGCCACCAACUAUCACCGGUUGUCCUGAUGAUAUAAUCGCUUACGCCCGAUCACAAACGAGUCAGAUUCCAGUUUCCUGGACAGAGAAUGCGACAGCCACAGAUAACUCUGGGACAGUCACCGUCUUUAGUAACCCAGUAUCAGGCUCGCUCUUCCCCACUGGUCAGACGACUCAGGUAGUUUACUCGGCCAGAGAUCCAUCGGGAAACGAAGCAGCGAAUCCAUGUCCAUUCACCGUUACCGUCCAGACAGCAGAUUUGAUAACUAUUAGAGGUUCUGUGACACUUGAUCAGAUCCGAGGGAAUGGAGUCUUUACCGAUCAACAAACAGCAGAGGAAACACUGGAAGCAGAUCUGGUGUCAUUAUUUCGGACAACAAGUCUUGCUCCUGAAUAUUUUGUAGAUGUUGAGGUGUCAAGCUCAGUGAUCGUCUCGGACAGCAACCUCCGUGCUAGCUUUACGCUUUACCUCGCUCCGGAUUCUCACUACAAUAGAGGGGACAUCGAGGAUAUAUUUUACAAUGCACUGGGGAACCGAGUGAGCUUUGACAGUGGAAACGUUAUUGUACCGGAAAGCUUUGAUCUGGACGUGAGGGAAUUUCGGGGUGAGUUCACUCUCAGGAGUAUACUACCAUCUAUUGCUGGCGUUGACUUCGCAUCAUGCUGCUCAGAUCCCAACAGUCAAAGUUACCAAAAUUUACUGGAGAGAAUCUAUACUUAUUUUACUGCUACAUUUGGGAGUAUGAGUUUUUUCCGAAUGGCACGUAUCCUGCCACUUCAAGAAGGAAGCGUCAUAGUCCCAUAUACUCUAACAUUCGAUCGCUUCACCCAAGUUAACUUAAACGACAUAGAAGCUGCCUUCAACGCAACCGUUCAGGAGGCGACAAGGGAGCUGGCUCAAACUGAUCUUUUCCUAAUGUUGACUGGAGGCAUAGGUGAAACCGUUGAGGUAUGUCCAGUUGGCUACUGUCGCAAUGGAGGUACUUGUAACAUCUUAACAGACACGUAUUCCUUCAGUUGCAGUUGCCAGUCCGGAUUUACAGGAGCACAGUGCGAGGAUACGACAACAACUCAACAACUAAGCACCGGUGCUAUCAUUGGGAUCUUACUUGGUGUGAUGGGAUUUAUUCUGGUUCUCCUCGUCGUCUGUUGUUGUUGUCUGUGGUUGAUGGGUUCUAGGUCGGGCAUGCUCUACGAUGAGGAGAAAUUGAUGAAAAAGGAACCUCGACCCCUGCUCAUGCUGCCGAUGGAUGAAGAAUAUUACCGGCCGCCACCUCGCCGCACCCGGCCAACCAUUACAGAAAUACCCAAUGAACCGGAUCCUCGGCCAACCAGACCGCCCACUCCGCCCCCAUCGGAAGGCCCCUCCUUUCUGCAUGAGGAUCCCCUUUUCCUACAACCCGCCCAACCAGUCCCUAAACCAACCCCGCCUCCCCAACCCAUGAUCCUGCCUCGUCCUCACCAACACAUGAUCCCACGGAGUUCAUCUCCGCAUCGUAGAGAACGUCCACCGGGUUACUAUGAGACUGAAGAAUUACAUCCUCUACCACCACCGUCACCACCCCCACAACCACCACCACCACAACUGUCUCCGCAAAUCUUGAUGCUUCCACAACCUGCUCCAAGAUGGCGCCGAGUUAGGGAUCGUGUUGACCGGUAUUUACAACCAAGGCGAGUGCUAAAAGGGCCUCGGUUCCGUGGUAGCCGCCGACCUGAACCGUUGAAAUAUGCUGGAGAGUUACCACCAAGCUACGAGCUGAGGCCAGUGCAUGUUUAUGACCAGGGACCAAUAGUUCCAGGUCCACGAUUCAUUGGAGACUAUGCUCCAGACUCGGCACCCAUGUACCACCAGGGUGGGGGACCCAUUCGUAGAAGCAGUUCCAGGAGGCCGAGGGUCCCUCAAAUGAGAGGUAACCACCUACCAGAAGAGGUGGGAGAAAUGAAACAAAGACUGUUCCAUGAGUUUAACUAUUAACCAAGUAUAGUUGAUGACCAUAUGCUUACUCUGUCAAAGAGGGCUUGGGGUUAUAGUGGAAUCUGUUAUACAGAAAACAGAACAAUAUCAUGUCUUUGAGGACGAAUGUGGAAUUAAAAGAAUUCAAAUUCAUUUUUUUUGUAGAAACACAAGAAAUCACUUUAAUAGUAUGAUUGAGUGAGCGCACAUUGAAAUAAAUGGCAAGACAUGCAAAAAUAAAUUUUCAAACAUCAAAGUUAUUUAAUCAAGUAUGACAGCAUUUAAACUUAGAAUGAAAUUUGUCUUCAAUGUGUCAUGCAUGACUUCAUGAAUUAUCAUUAUUUUUACACAGAUGUUAAUAAGUUCUAUUUGAUUCAGGGAACUUUCUUUUUUGUGUAUUUGUAGAUUAUUAAAAUCUAGUUUAUAAUGUAGUAAUAUGCUUCAUCAUGUUCUUAUGCUCUGAAAGUGAAAAAGGACAACUUGUGUAAAAUAUAAUGUGAAAGCUUUAUACAAAUGAUAAUUACCCAGAAUGGCAGAUAAUCAGUUUCAUCGAAGAUCAAUUAUAUAAUUAUCAGGACUUAUUUUGAAAUAUUUUAACAAUAUAAAUUUACACUUAAAAACUGAAAUAAGUAUUGGAUAACAUGUAUUUUUAAAGUAAAAUUUGCACAUUUUAAACUAUUGUGAUUAUUUUGUCAAAUUAAAAUGAAUAAUUUGUACACAGUAUUUGUCAAAAUAGUAUCCAAGUACCUAUCCAGCAUAUAUCUAAAAAUAAAGUAAGUGAUCCUGUUUCUUCAAAUUUAAUAAUUAAGGAAUACAAUUUUGUGAAUGAAAAAGAUAGCAGACAUAUAUAUACCUGUAUGCUGAUGAAAUAGAUUUCAUAAAAUGAUACAUUUUUAAAUAUAAAUUUUCAAAAUUUUCAAUUAUUGGUCAAUAAAAAUCUUAAAGCAUAGAGAUCGGUUGAGAAUGUACUCCCUCACACCAAUAUGUGUGUAAAAUCUUACAAAUAUCUUUCACCAGGUAAUAUCCAAUAUUUCUUUUUGUCACAAAUGAAUACAGCCAGUAGGCCUACUAUGCCAUGUGAAACAAUAAAUCCAUACCUCACUUUUAAACUGUA